AUGACAACGGUUUCGCCAAAAAAUGAACUAGCUCGUGAUAAAAAUACGGGCCAGUCUAAAGGUUUUGCUUUUUUGAAAUAUGAAGAUCAAAGAAGCACUGUUCUAGCCGUUGAUAAUUUGAAUAAUAUUCAGCUAUUAGGGCGUACUAUACGUGUAGACCAUGCAAGCGCUGAAACGAAAGAUGGGCGUCGUAGGACGGGAAUGAACGCUGCUCCACAAUUGAUCAAAGAUGAUGGAAAAUCAUCUGAUUCAGAUUCUGAAGAUGAAGACGAAUUUGCUGAUAAAUUUGAUCCAGAUGAUCCGAUGAGAGAUUAUCUUAUCAAAAAAUUGAAAAAAGAAAAGAAGAAAGCAAAGAAGCGUGCAAAGAAAGAAAAGAAGGAAAAAAAAUCAUAG